AUGAACACGGUGGUGAUCCAGAGUUCAGUGAUGGCCACAUCGCAUGGCAUUCAUCGGCUGAAUCGGCAUAAGGCGGCGCAACAGCGUCUCUUCCACAUCCCCGCAUCUGAACGGCUUGCCCUCGUCGCCAGGAAUAGAAUGACUAAAAAAGCCCUGAAAAGCGAGGAUGAUCUGGAAGAGCCGAAUUCCACUGAAGAUAUGCCUUUUAUUGAGCAGACGUCAGCAAGAUUUGCAAAUCCUGUAAUGGGUAUCGUUGUGGACAACCCACAAGUCGAACAAUUUCUGCGGCUAAACGUCGGCGGGCAACGGUUUAUGCUGAGGAAGGAAACGGCGAUUAACCGGAAUGUUGGGCGCCUCUCCUGGCUGGCAUCUGUAGACCACGACGAGAGAAUGACGCUGGCAGAUGCCUACUUUGCCUCCACUUCCGAAUAUUACUUCGAACGUGCCCCAUCCCUAUUCCACGUUGUUUUCCAAUUCUAUUUAACUGGCCAAAUCCAUCAACCUUCCCAUUUAUGCCCAAAUGAUAUUCUGGACGAGCUGGAUUGGUGGGGCGUCGAGCCUGAGGCUCAUUUGGCGCCUUGUUGUUGCCAGGAGGAUGAGCAAGAUCACGAUUCGCUGGAUUCGAUCUCGAGCACCGAAGAACGCGCCAACAUCUUCAAGCACCUCCGCUUCGGCAACACCCGAAAACAGAUGUGGGAUCUGAUGGAAGAGCCGACUAGCUCUCGCUACGCCCAAAUCUUCGCCACGAUCUCGGUGCUCUUCGUGCUGAUCUCAAUAUCCGGUCUGGUACUUGGCAGCCUCCCAGAAUUACAAGUACACUCCAAGAAUCAACCCCCAAACAGCACCAAGGUCAACACAACCAUGAAUCGCCUUGUUGAUGGCACCCUGGCGCCGAUCGAAAAGGAGCCCCAUCCCUAUUUGCAACAAAUGGAAUAUAUUUGCAUUGUUUGGUUUAUUUUUGAAUAUGGCCUGAAAAUGCUGGUGGCGGCGGAUCGUCGUAAAAUUUUCUUCCAACUGCUCAACCUUAUUGAUCUGUUUGCUAUUUUGCCAUUCCUCAUCGAAAUGAUGCUCAUGAUUUUCGGCAUCAGCACCGAGCAGCUCAGGGAUUUGAAGGGCGCCUUCCUCGUGAUCCGUAUCCUGCGUGUUUUGCGCGUGAUCCGCGUGCUCAAAUUGGGGCGCUACAGCUCCGGCUUGCAAAUGUUCGGCAAAACCCUUAAGGCAUCAUUCCGUCAACUCGGCAUGAUGGCCAUGGUCGUGCUCACCGGGGUCAUCUUCUUCUCGACGCUUGUCUACUUUUUGGAGAAGGACGAACCGAACUCGGGCUUUUAUUCGAUACCCGCGGCCUGUUGGUGGUGUAUUGUCACGAUGACCACCGUUGGAUAUGGAGAUCUGACCCCGACUACAGUUCCCGGAAAGCUGGUGGCGACGGGGGCGAUCGCAUGUGGAGUGCUCGUUCUCGCGCUUCCCAUCACCAUUAUUGUGGACAACUUCAUGAAAGUGGCUGAGGGUGAGCGAGAAGGGGCCAGACGACCAUUUAGAAGGCUUCAUCCGGCUGCUGCCCCCCGACCGUCCACCACCCAAAUCGAAACCCGAAAAAAGAUGCAAUCAACGACGGAAGACACAAUUUGC